AUGCUAGAAGGAUCCAGCAAUGUUGUUGGCUUGUCCAAUGAAAGUCAGGAUAUAAUGAUUAAUCCUUACAUGUCUGAAAAUACCAUAAUCUCUCUUAUUGUUUUGCUCUCUGCAGUGAUAUUCUUUGUGGGUUUUGUUUCAACUGUCCCAUGGCAUUACUUCUGGAGGUCACAUGAGAGCCAGACAGCAGCCAGUCUACCAAAUACUGGGUUGAAGAAGAAGUCCAUAAAAUCACUUCCAUUCAUUGUGUACAGCAAGCUCAGACCAGAGAUUCAAGGCAGGGAGUGCCCAAUCUGUUUGACAGAUUUCAUGAAUGGAGAAAGAGUUAGGGUUUUGCCCAAUUGUGAGCAUAGUUUCCACAUGGAAUGUGUGGACAAAUGGUUUGUUUCUCACUCCUCCUGUCCCACUUGCAGGCAUUGCCUUCUCCACAGAACAGCUCAUGUGUUGGGCACAAAGGGUAGUACAGAAUACUUUCACCCUAGGGAACUAAGGGACAUGGAAACUGGUAUUACAUAA